GAACGAAGUGGUUCUACAAUCAACCCCAUCUUGACUGCUAUACCAACCAAGCUGGCUCCUCCUACCUUUAACCGAACCAAUAAGUUCACCGCUGGGUUCCAGGCCAUUGUAGAUGCUUAUGGUGUUGGGAAUUAUAGGGAGAUUAACCCAGCCCCCUUCACUAUCAUCACCUUCCCUUUUCUGUUUGCGGUGAUGUUCGGCGAUUGUGGUCAUGGUACAGUCAUGCUGGGCUUUGCGCUGUGGAUGAUCAGCAAUGAAAAGUCCCUUUUAGCCCAGAAAAGUGACAACGAGAUCUGGAACAUCUUUUUCAGUGGCCGCUACUUGAUCCUACUCAUGAGUAUCUUCUCCAUUUACACUGGCUUUAUUUACAACGAUUGCUUCUCCAAAUCUCUCAACAUAUUUGGAUCUUCCUGGCGUGUCCGUCCCAUGUACAACAAUGGUGUAUGGACGGACAAAAUUGUUCAUGAUAAUGGUCUGCUGCAGUUAAAUCCAAAAGAAGCAGGUGUAUAUUCUGGAAACCCCUAUCCUUUUGGAAUUGAUCCGAUCUGGAAUGUUGCAAACAAUAAGCUGACCUUCUUGAACUCGUACAAAAUGAAGAUGUCUGUCAUCAUGGGGAUCGUACACAUGGUCUUUGGGGUGAUACUUAGUCUCUUCAACUAUAUUUAUUUCAAGCAAACCGCCGACGUUGUCCUGCGGUUCAUUCCAGAGAUGAUCUUCAUAGUCUCGCUAUUUGGUUACCUGGUCUUCAUGAUUAUUUUCAAGUGGUGCCGAUAUAAUGUGAAUAAUGCCCAGAGCGCUCCAAGCAUCCUCAUUCACUUUAUCAACAUGUUUCUGUUUAGUUACAAUGACCCAACAAAUCCUCCCCUAUAUGAGCAUCAGCAAAAAGUUCAAACCUUCCUGGUCAUUUUUGCCUUGAUUGCCAUCCCUUGGAUGCUUCUGAUUCAGCCCUUUAUUCUUCGAGCCAAGCACCAGAAAGCUCAGAGCAGGCUGGUUUCAUCAGGUCUGUCAGAAAGCCCUACUGGUGAUAUUGAGGUACAGAUCAUAGACUCUAACCACUCUGAGAAAACAAACCAAGAAGUUGAUAGCGGUGGUGGCCAUGGAGGACAUGAUCAUGAAGAAUUCAACUUUGGAGACAUCUGUGUGCACCAGGCAAUCCACACCAUUGAAUAUUGCUUGGGUUGCAUUUCCAAUACAGCUUCCUAUCUCCGGCUUUGGGCACUUAGCCUGGCUCAUGCACAGCUCUCAGAGGUUCUUUGGACCUUGCUGUUUUCACAAGGCUUCCAAAUGAGUGGCUGGGCAGGGCUCGCUGGGAUUUUCGUCCUCUUUGCUGUGUUUGCUGCACUGACGAUAGCAAUUCUACUCAUCAUGGAAGGUCUUUCUGCCUUUCUGCACGCACUCAGGCUUCACUGGGUGGAGUUCCAGAACAAAUUCUACUCUGGGUCUGGCUCUCCCUUUGCGCCAUUCUCCUUCAAGACCAUAAUAGAAAGAACGGAAGAAUGACUCUCAUUAAUUAUGGUGAAAUCUGAAACUUCUAGGGUUUCUGCUGUUCUUUUCUUUGGUGAGCAUUUCCUUGAGAAAUAAGAGCCAGGAGGGAUACAGAACUUCCUGUCCUUGGAGUUCAGACACCAAAU